UCCCGCAAGCGGGCGCGCGCCGUUGGCCCGGCGCCGCGCACUCCAGCCCCCGUGUGUAGUAACCGGAGCAGUGGAGCUUUGAGCUAGACAUGGCGGCGAACCCUCAGCCGGACUGGCUCUCCUGUCUUCCCUCUUCGUGGGCUUAUGGGGUGACUCGGGAUGGACGCACGUUCUUUAUCAACGAAGAAGCGAAGAGUACAACCUGGCUGCACCCCGUUACCGGAGAAGCCGUGGUGACGGGCCACAGGAAGACUUCAGAUUUGCCUACAGGAUGGGAGGAAGGAUACACGUUCGAGGGCGCGCGCUGCUUCAUCAAUUCUGUUGCUGUGUGGUGAUCAUGAAGGGAGCAGUGACGCCCUCAGACAGAGAUUGGCUCCUGUUUCACCGUAUCCCCACACGCUUCCUGGCUGUAGCAGCUCAAACCAGUCUUCUCCAGACAAAGGUAUCAGAAAAUCUGUAAAGCAAACUGAGAUUGAAAUCUCAAAUAUAUAGGACAAAACUUGGAGAAUAACGAGAGGACACGUGUAAGAGUGUUAACAGGAAAACUGACAUUAGAGAAAAUGUGUAGCAGUUGUAAAAUUCUGCAGUGGUCUCACUAUUUCUUGUGCAGUGUAUUACAUAGUUUCCAGCCAAACUACUGUAGUGGUGGACUGUUCUAACAAGCAAUUCCCCCGUGUCCACCGCGUCCUCUCUGUUCUGUGUCCUCUGCAUCUCAGGCUAGUAGGUAAUCUAUUACUGAGCUAACCAUGGAAUCUGAGCCUCUGCCAGCUUAUGAAACUCCCUCACUGGCAGCGCUUGGCCCUCUCUGACCGCGCUAAUGUUCCCAAUCUGGGUUUGAAGAGCUCAGCUCAAAGCCACCAAUCCCUCUUCAUUGUGUGCCACUUUGUGGGACGUGUGCUGAACAGAAAGGGUUGAGAUGAAUAGGAUUCUGGAGGUGAGCCUGCUGCUCUGGAGUCAACGGGAGGAUUACGCUUGGUUUAUGAUUAGAAAUUUAAAAGCAGGAGAUAAAUGUGUGUGUUCCCCCGGAUGAAGCUUCACCCCCCCCCACCACCCGAGUAGGAAACGCAAGGUAAGCUGCCUGCAGUGGCCCAGGAAGCUGAGUGUGGCUGUUUGAUGGGUAAAUGCUGUGAUUGGCAGGUUUGACAACCUGCUUCAGCUGCAGCUUAGAACUAACCGCUCGCAAGGGCAAAUAUUUAUCCGUGUGUACAGUCAGUGGUGAAGGAGGGAUGCUCUUCAGACAUGGAUGGUAGUCUUCUCUGUGUCCUGGUAUAAAUAGCUUUGUCCUUGUUAAAGGUCCUCAUGUAUACGGUGACACAAUGUAACAGCUGUAGGUUCUGAAGCACAGUGAAGCGUUAUCAGGCCCACCGAGACCCCAGAGAGCGAGGAAGGCACUAUGGCUUCUCGAAUCUCUGGUGAGGGGUUAUAUAGAAGGUAAAAAUCUAAAAAAGGGUCCAAGAGGCUUAAAAUGAAAAAAAAAACCUUCUGUCAUCAAUUUCAUCAAUUAAUUUCAAACCCACUAUACAAAGACAACAUUCCAACACAUCACCCCUUAUAGCACAAUGUGCCAUAACACACUAGUGUCUCAUCCUCCGUCACAUAAAGGGGGCUCGUCUCUUCACAGCCUACCACUAGAUGCCCCUGGGCUAACUUUCAGCUGUCUGCCUGUGUUGCAGUCCACAGGGAAACAGAUCCGCCGCUAGCAGGUGGAACACUCGUACCCAGAACUGAGCAAACACAGCGUUAAUAAGCAAAAAGCUCUGUGCGGUCCUCAUGUCUUCCGUGUUCACCAGUGUGAAGCUGGCUCUAAGUCAGAGCUUGAACAUGCGUGUGUGUCAGGCUUCAUGUAGGAAGCAGCUCAGCCUACGCUCAGCAGCAGCGCUGGCUUAUUGUUUGCAUCCAGGAUGCUGAUUCGCAUUCUGUAGAAUAAAACAAAGAUCUGAGGAUGGAACUCGACUCAAACCGUCACCGGGAUUUACACUGUUUGUUCGACUGUGUGUGUGUGUGUGUGUGGGUGGAGGUUUGUAAAGCCUGCGAUAGAAGAUUCAUCAAAUAUCCAUGUGUGUGGAUUCAGCUGAAACCUCACUGUCCUCUGGGAGAAAUGGAAAGCACAUUAUCAAACGGGCUCAUUCAUCCAACACACACACACACACACACACACACACACACACACACACACACACACACACACACACACACACACACACACACACACACACACACACAAUGUUUAAGGUGCAUGGGGGCUGAUACUCAUGUGUGGCUACAUGGAGUCAACAUAUAACUAGGUUAGUGGUUAAGCACAAUGUUUUACCAGUAGACAACUAACUCCAGGACAUCUGAAGGUUCCAGUAGCAGUGAGCCUUUGUGGAUUCAACUCAAAAGACAGUCAUAAAUCUGUCCACAUGAUUAACGAUGGGCCAAAUUGUUCUCACUCUGCUGUUUUAAUUACAUUUGACCUCUAAGACCUUAAAGUCUUAUUAAAGUGAAGUUAGAGAAGUGUUGCUUGUUUUAUUGUUCCUCCAGAUAGGUUGAAACGAGGGGGGAGCAGAGGAAGAUGAUGUGAUUCCUCCACAGAUUGGGGUCGACGCCCUUCCUCUUCUAUCACAUUUCCCUAUCUCUCUAAUGCUAAUCUGUGACUUCCCUCCUCUCGGCUGUAAAUGUUGUGAUUGGCCCCUCCCCGUAAAUGAGACCAUCGGAACGUAUGCGUCCUGACCCAUUUCAUCUGUAAUGCAAAUUCAUGUUAAUUAAUGUUUUCUAAUUAGUUACUCAUGCACAUAAAGGAGUCAUUUGUCAUCCCCAGUGAUUUAAUGUGUGCACAUCAAUGAGCGUGUGCAUCAGCUCAUGCCGCACCAGGAUCAGUGGUUAAUGGUGAACCUCAUGAUCUCAGCAGGGGGUGGUCUUCAAGGAGCAGCUGAUCAUGAUAUUUAUUAUGUGAGUGAAACACUUCCAUUCACAUGCAUGAUCUGCAUCUCCAUCCUCCUCAGACUGUUGUCACACAAACGUUCCCUUAUUCAGCCACAAGGGAAAUGUUUGGCUCCGCGUUAACGAGCAGUCCCUUAAAAUGGAGACGGACUAGAACACACGCUGUUACAAACCACAGAGAAAAGCGUUUGGUUCAUUGGAGGCAGAGUUUGUGCUUCGUGGUGUCGUAUAAUUAGUAGUCCAACACAUUUUAUAGUGCGCUUUCUUUUACUCUGUUGUGAAUUAGCAAACUAGCAGGCGAGGAUACAAAGGCCAACGAGUGAACAAGGGGGAGUUUAUCAACACAGAAAAUAGUCAUGUAGACCGGAACCAGGCAGGCAGGAGAAGAUGACUCCAACAAGCCAUGAACCUAGAGAGAAGUAUCCUUGUGUAAAGGUGUAUGACUGUAAAAAUGUGUGGUCAAAGUGGGCGUGGUCAUUGUGUGUGGGCGUGGCCAGUCCUUUGCAAACAAACAGGUUCGUAGAUUCUGUUGAUUCUGGAGGUUUCUUGGUUUCCCCUCACUCCUGAGUUCUGUGAGAUGAAUCAAAGUAUGGAGGGAGGACUGGAAGAGGGCAGAGCGUCUGUGAGGAGAGAAGUGGAGGCUAGGACAGCAGACGUGCUUCUGAGCCUCUGAAUAAGAAAAGCUGCCUGUGCUCUGCUCACUGCGUGCCUUAGCACACACACUGCUGCUGCACUUUGUGUAUCAUCCUGCUUCAUUGUUUACAGUGGAGAAAAUCAAUCUUGGCUCAGCUGAAGCUCAUCUCUGCCAAGCAUCUCCUCUGAAGUACACAGUUGAUGGACACUUCCCAGACUUGCAGCGAAGGUGCUGAGGAUUUACUCUGCGUAGCAGGCAGCAGCACAUUAGCUGCCAUCGAGUCAGGAAUUCAAGGGACAGUAGCUGCUGCUGUGGUGCUAAAAGUCUAAAUGAAGCCAGCGACAUGUGUGGGCGUCGAUAUGGCAGCAUUCCAGUUGAACCUAUAUGCCAAGACGGGCAGUGGAGCAACCAGCUGUCUGACUGGGUCAAGUGUUAAACACAGGCCUUCCAGGAGAUAGUUGAGCUGCUUGGUGGACUCAUCCAGUAAUGGUCCUUCUCUCUCUUGCCCCGUGCAUCAGCUGUGAUGUGAUGUCUUCCACUGGCCGGUUGUCUGCUGCUUCUAUGUGAUGGUUGUCUGUGUGAGCAGGCCAGGCACGCUGGGGGAGAAACUGUGGCUUUGUUUGUAGUUGAGCUGUUGCUUGAAAGUCGAGUCACAUCUGUGUAACAAUCUACAGCAGGGUGGGCGGGAUGCUCCCAGGGGAUGGUGUGGGUCUAUGUGUGCACUUUUAUUUUGUUGUUGUUGAUGUUGAUUUUUAAAGGCCUGUUUUAGGGUUAAGAUGUGAUUUUUAGGGCUAAGGUUAGAAGGUUGGUUUGGUUUGAAGCAACGGUUAGACGUCUGCCUUUAGUUGUGAUGGUUAGGGUUAGGGUAAGGGGCUAGGAAAGUCAUCAUAUCAAUGAAGGUCCUCACUUCCAUGUAAGUACAAGGAUGCCUGCGUGUGUGUAGCCUGCAACUAUAGCCCCAAUCUGAAUGAGCUGAGCUGAUGUGUUCUCACUAUAACAUUGGACACUUGGUUUUUCUGCUACAAUCCAGUGAGGGCUUGCAGAUGUGUUCCGCUCUAACAUCUGGGUCCCCACGUGUGCGGCUGAGCAGCUACUGGCUGAACAUGUGCAGAGUCUACAAUGUCCCAUUCAAAGACUCUGAGAGUGGUUGUUGUGCUGACUAUGGGUGGAGGUGGGACCGAGCUUGAUGGGUUCUCAGAUGUGUAGUGAAAGGCAUUUAGUAACCUGGACCCUGGAGGGAGGCAGGGUCCAGAUGUGUCACAGUCGUUACACUGGAUAAAACUUUCACCCAGCACACACUUUCACACACACAGCUAUUAAACAUUGGUUUUCUGUAGGUGAGGUCAAACAAGACAAAAAACAGGCUGAGCUAAAGAGAGAGAAACCUGCUGCUGAGCUACCCAACAAAGAAAUUAUAUCUCUUAUAUGUCGAUUAUAUCAGGACCAGAAUAGAAUGACCAAUAAAAGAGAUUAGAUAGAGCAAACUAUCUGUACUCAGUUCAAAGUAAACAGAUGAAUAGCUGAUGUCAUGACCAGAGACUGAUGUGGACGCUACUAGAUGAGGGGCUGCUAGAGUCAGGAAACACAUUCAGACACUUAGGAAAACACACGGGAGGUAGAAAAGACGUCAGGAAACAGGAGGCUAAGAUCUACAUGAAGCAACAAACCCCAGAACAUGGUCCUCAGAGAACAAACCUCCUCCACCUACAGCUGCAUCGUUGUCAGGGUCAGAUGAGUUAUAAAAUAAUAUGGAGCAAGAUUAGCGGCGACUCCUGCGACUCCUCCUCCUAAGAGGGUUAAGGUGGGCUUUAACUGGUGGGCUUUAACUGGCAGGUGGGCUGGCAGGUGGGCUUUAACUGGCAGGUGGGCUGGUUUGGAGCCUGUUUCAGGAAACCCACUCAUCUCCUCCAGUAGCUGGCAGAAUGUCUUUGUUUGGACUAGAAUCCUAAGCGAUGACAAGCAGAGCAGCUUGUAAAAUGCCACACGUGUCCAGCUGUUCCAGUGAAAACGUCUGUGUUGGGCUCGCUGGGGCGCAGAGAGGAGUGAACGCAGGCUGUCAGCGGGCGGCCAUGAUGAGGCUGCUAAUUAGCUCGUUUCUGCUUCUCUCUCACUGGCGCUUCCUGCCUGGGGGACAAGUGGAGCAAAACUAUGAUUAGGGCUGUUUGUAAAGAAGAGUGGCCUCAUGGGCAGAAGGUGAACCACGACACACCUGGCCUCCUGUGAAACCUGCGUCACCGCCUCUGACAUGGAGACAGAAGUAUCAGUCGGCAAAACAAUCCUCAUUUGACUCUGUUACUGGAAGCUUAUACUAAGGUUGCAUAGUUUGUGUUCACUGAAGCCUUGUCCUUCUUGGUGUAAGCGUGAACCAGCUCUACCUCGAGUCCAACAGGCAGAGCAGUCACCUACCAGUCAUGUGUCCUGCGCUGGCAUGUCAGGUUCUGAUGCAUGAGGUAGAACAGCAACAUGAUGGCUGAGGCAUUGGGUGAAGGACCUCUGACCUGAUGUGUGACCCGCUGGAUCCAUCAUCCAGCACUUAGCCUGAACAUGUACACGCCAACAGGAGCCGAAAGGAAGAAAAAUUUUAUUCCAUGUUUGUCUUCUCUCUAAAACCGUCCUUAACCGGCCUUUGAGGUAAAUGUCAGUCUCGAUCCAGAGUGACAUCUUUAACCAUCCAGUAGCACAAAGAAGUCUGGAAUUCACUGUAACUAGAGAUCAGGAGUCAGGUUUGAAGAGAUCAGAAUGACAAAGGUUUAAUGUCCCUUAAAGACGUCACAUGAACAAACUGGGCUUAACCAACUGACUAUGUUAAAGAGGAUGGAUCUCUCUACAAAGCAUUCUUGGAAAAAACAAGACAGCGUGGCAGGUACAGAUCCCUCAACUAUCUGAAACUUCCCCAUCCCUGCUGUCAAUCAAGCGAGAGGUGGGUCAAACCCUUGUUUUUGAGUGUGACCACAGUAUCAUGUCUUUUUAUUCUGUAAUCAGCUGCAGAGAUCCAUAAGGCAUGAGUAUUUGUAGGAAGCAGCAGAGCGGCAUUCCUCCUUGAGUCUGAAUUCCUCAGUGUGUCUGUCCCUGCUGACGCAGGUCUCUGUUUAAACAGAGCUUGUGUUGUUGGUGACAGCUUCAUCCUGGGUCAGAACGGCCUAAAGGUAAACGCACAAUCACAGUGGUUCUGCUUCAGGCGUCCUGUGACGGUAGAGCAGCAGGUUUCCUCAUUCUGCCAGUAUUCAUAUUUGAUAAUACGAUGAAACUAACAGCUGGUUUACACAUACAGUACAUGGUGCUAAGACGUACAGACAUGCAGCUACGGCUGAUUCUGAUGUACUGGACCGUGGACUGUGCCUGGCGUCUGCAUCAGGCUGCGACUGAAGCCUCAAAGUUUUACCUGAACAUGCAGGAGUUAACAUAACUAAACAUCAGGAUAUGAACCUUACUGGACCAAACCCCAGCGUCCAGAGGACAAGAAAAGAAGUGUCCAGACACCAUGGGUUGAAGGUCAGACCUCAGUGUGAAGGAAUGUCAACAGUUUUACCAGCCUGUUGGUUCUGACCUGUUCUAGUACGAUGCUUUCACUUACUGUAUGAUGAUGACGAGUCAUAGGAGUCUUCCUCCCACUACACAGCAAUUCUGUCUGGUUCUAACUGAACAUCAACUGUACGUCUGAUGUUUUGAGACUAAACACAGACAGGAUGAAGACAUGGCCACAUGUGUCUUGAGCCUUAAUGAACACGCAUCAGAACAUGGGAUAUUCAUCCAGGCCAAUUCCAACUUUAAUUGAAUGACGUGAUGACAAGUGAAAACAUGAUGCUGUAUUUUGACUUUUAGAUGAUGCUGGGGCUCCACUUUCAUCAGAACGUGCAGCUGCAGCAGUGUUUAUCCUGCAUGAACCUGCAAGCAGCCACUGGCUACUUCUGUAACGUUUGCCUGUAGAAAGUCAUCGAGGCUGCUGCCUGACAGACAGAGAACGGGUUCCGAUCAGCUGCUCAGAACUGCUGUCUGUAGUCUGAGGUUUACUCCUUUUAUGGGCCUGCAGGCCCAGGAUCAGGUCCAGACUCAGGGCGUACCUGUGUUUUCCCACUUAGCAGAGCGUGGCCAGUCCUUCCUGCAGGUGCUUGACUGAGCGGCUCAGGAUCUGUGUUCUGUGCCACAGCCUGCAGUAGAAGCAUUACUGUACAUUCACGUGUGAGCUCGUUAUAUAGCGUUAAAUUAUGUAUGUGUGAUCUGGAGCAGACCUUUGACAAUUUGCCUGACGAGCUGUAGACUGGACCAGCGGAACAGCUUCCCAGUCUUGUGUUCUGCAGAUGAAUUAGGCUUCAGUUUCAUGUGGUCACUUCCAGCACAUUGGGUGAGUAAAGCCCAUGAAGCCUCUGAAGCAUCCUGCAGCAUGUAUCUACUGGAAGCUGAUCAUUAGCUGCUCUUGGCUUAAAGCUGAUGUGGUUCAUCUGGUGGAUCCAUUCUCCUCCCUGGUUCAUACUGACACAAACUGUUUGCUUCAGGCCCAUCGUGUGUGACUAGUAACAUGGGGAAGUUAGUUAUAAGCUGCACAGGACUCAACCUCUUCACUGUGUGAGUGAUAAAUGUAUUGGUAAAGUCCUAUUUGAUGCUGUGAACCUUGUCCUGUUGGUGCAGCAGCGACUGAACAGUGAGACUUUUCUCUCUUUCAUUUGUCUAUCCCACAUCCUUUAAAGAUGCAAAUGGUCCUGUGGCCCCCUUCUUACCUUACAGGGAUGGCACCUUGCCGUAGCAUCCUGGGUCAUACAGAGACAGCAGACAGUUAAAAUGCUUUGUGGAAGCUCACUACACUGACAAGGCAGCCAGGGUUCAUGGUCACAGCUUAACGCAGGUCAAAGAGGGUCAUAGGUCGUAGGUCAGUUCCAGCGGGCCCUUCAAGGGGACAGGACUAUAAACACACACACACACACAUUGAGUCGAUGUGAAGCAGUAGCUGUGGUUAAAUGUUAAAGUGACUGUUCCCGUUUAAAACACUCUCAUGACUAAACCAGUGGUUUGCUGAGCUGAGAACCGUGUUUUGUGUCCUAGAAUCUCACAGGAGCAAAGUGACAUAAUUCUCCGAAGUGGUGUCUUUUUCAUGUCUUUUCAGGGUAUGUAGGCCAACAGGAUGUGAGUGUGACCCAGUGACGUUAGACGACUGUCUCUCAUCUCCAAUUGUUACAGUAUGAAACACUUCCCUGUUUUCACCUUGUUUACUGAUGCUGAGUGUAGCGUAGGUCCCACCGAGCCACUGCUGAACCAAGCGGUAGCAAACACCAGCUGUUACAGGUCGGCUGAGCUUAAACAGUGUGUAGCCUUUAGCCUUGUCUCCUCCUCAUUCUCCUUUCCUGCUGUAUCGUGUUGAAUCACAGCAACUGCAGCAGAACUUUCAGUCGAACAACAUUUGCCAAACUCAGUAAAUCAAGUUAAUAAUCAAUUAUUCCCGUGCAAACAACAGCUCAGUUGUUUGUUUGUGCAUGCAUGUGUGUGUGUGUGUGCAUGUGCGUGUGUGUGUGCCUGUGUGUGUUUACCACAAACACAGGAGCAGCUCAUCUGCUUCCACGUCUCAUCAGCAUCCCUUGAGAGUCAGCAGCCUGCUGAGGACACACACUCACUGACUUAUGGGUAGGAGUAUGUUUAGGUUGGGCUGACAGGCUGAGCGCCAUAGCCUCAGGCACACUGCUGCCCGUAGGUGUGUGUGUGUGUGUGUGUCUGUGUCUGUGUACAGUGGCUUUGUGUUGAUGGGCUCUCACAUCCAUCCUGUAAACACUCACAUUAGACACGUGGCUCGGCUUCAGGAGGAUAAUUACAGGAAGGAGCCUUUCGACUCUGAAUGCUGGUUGAUUGCACUGCCUCUUCCUCCGCUGCAAGUCAAGAGAGGAUGUUAAGUGUCUGCCUUAAUGUGUGCGAGUGUUGCUAUGGCAACGCUGGAGGAAGGGUUGUCACAGCGAUGCAGAUUUGUCUGAAUGUUCAGCACUAUGUAAACUAAUAAAUAUCCCCAGUGUGGGAUGGAGGCUUGGCCAUCAAAGACAUCUCCCUGCACAGUGGGCGUUGUUCUCUCACUAGAAAGACGUUAAGGACACAUCUGUCAGCCUCAGACAUCAGAGGUAGUUUAGUUAUUUAAACAUGUAGCCACUGAGCCAGUAACAGGCUAACCGUAGGCUGAAACAGUAGGUGGAGUCAGGAUUUACGGCUUCUCUCUAGUGAUGCCAGUCAUAACUGAUGGCAUGCGGUUCACGUUACAUCAUCAUGAUGGACAUCCGUCAGGCUGAGGGAGAAAAUCUGCAGCUAACAAUGUUCACAAUACGCCUCAUGAGACUAAAGCUUAUCACCUCCAUUGAAACGUGCUGUAUCUAUGUGUACUAUGAAUAUUAUGUGUUUGGGUUGGUACGGUCUUUAUCAUCAUCUGGUCUAAGAUAGUUUUGUUCACAGAUGAUUCUACUUCACCCUUGGGUGAGUAGCUGUGCAGUGUAAUACUACGGAAAAGACUGCAAUCUGUGUCUGUGUGUGCGUGCGUGCGUCACAUGUUGUCAUCAUUAGGUGCUGUUUAUCACUGGCUGACUGGGCUCUGGUGUCUCUCUGCACGAAUUAGCAAUUAGCUGCAGCUAAUGUCAGUUGUAAACAAACAUGCUAGUUCCGGCUCCAGCUUUCUCAUUCCUCAUUACUGUUUAAGAGACUCACUCUAAUCACUGACUGGUUCAUGUGGAACAGAAGCUGGAUGCUGUCUGCAGCCUUGGGCGGCCUCCGCUCUUACAGUGUGUGCAGAAAAAGGCUGUGAAAGCAUGGGAAAGGCAGGCGAGUCCAUGAGUCCUCAUCAGAUGAAGCAGUAUCGGUCUGGAUUCACGGUUCUGAAAACCCAUAAAUCUCACCUGAGGAACAGAACACAUCCUGAUCAAGCUGCUCAACCCUUCGCUGCUCCACAUCAAAUGUUUUUUGUCGUCUCCCAUAACCCUCAGCUGGAUUUAACAUGUGACCAUUAACGAGUAACUCAAACAUGGAUGUGUUCAUGAGAACCGGAUGCUAGAUUACAGUUGGUCCCAGCUGUAAACACUGUUACACUGGUUUGUUUACAGCAGGAAACAGAGGCUUCAGUGUGCUGCAGGUGUGGUCUAUGCGUUGUAGAACCAAAGCUAAGUGUUGUUUGACAGCUCAUCUCUCCUCCUGCCUUUUUCCUUCCUUGUGUCAUCGCUGUGAAUCUGCUUGGUCCUUCUAACUCUCCUGCUUGUUUUCUGUCUCUCACCUUAACGUUUAGCUGAUCAGUCAGAUUUGUUGGCGCCACUGAGGCCCUGUCCUCCCACUCAGCACAGUGUGAAGGUGUGGCCGUGUUGGGGUUGUUGUGUGCUUGUUUAGGAUUUGCUCUAGGAUGAUUACAUGUGAAAAGACGUGAGCCUCCUUUCUGUUCCUAAUCGAUUUGGGUUCACUUCAGUUUUUGCCGGUUGGUGGGAUCCAGCUGUGCAGUGUGAAGCUGUAUUCCCUCCCUCUUUGUGGCCUCUGCUACGUGUUGAUCAGGUUUUUCAGGCCUUGCCUCCGCUGCCAUGAUGCUGCUUAUCACAGCUUUAGGCUAGUAGCUUGUGGCUUUGUUUCCCUGCAAAGCAUCUGGUCCACAGCCAUAGAUCUUAACAUCUGGUAACGUGGUUGUGGUCCGUGACCAAAUGAGUCCAUGACGUCCACCUAGAACUGAACCAACUGAGAGGUGUUUGGUGGUUGUGUGGGUCCAGGGAGUGUGGACCACACAUAGCUUCUUAAAGGUAACCCAUCCUAGACAACAAGCAGAACCUCUGUAACUAUUGGAGAGAAGCUUGUUGCCCACUGACAUUCAGCAACAUUCCACAUUUAACAACCAACAGUCCCAGUCAUGUAAAUACGGUGUGUACACCCAUGGGUGGUUCCCAGGAUUGGCUGCCCACGGCCCAGGGCACCGAUCUGCUCUAGGCUUACUCUGGGUCCUGCUUUGAGCUCCAGGUUGCAGCUCAGCAACGGUUCAGGCAGGGAUCAGUUUCCUGUCACGGCACCCUGCUGUGAUCGGAGCUGUUCUUAAAUCAGCCCCAGUGGUUGACUGUUGGACAUCUGAGCAGCUGCAGCACUAGGCCCAUCCUUUAUCCCUGUGGGUUUCUCUCAUCUUUUCCUCUGUUAAGGAUGUUCACCACCCUUUGUCGUGUGGUGGCACCUUCUGUGCCCAGUUGUCUUUGCACACAUUUGAUCGUUGCAGCCACCAUCAUUUGUAAUACAUUAAAUAACCUAUCUGAUGCCGAUGUGCAGGAAUGUGUGGAAAGCAGCUCCAGUGCUGCAUGGUCAGGCUUCUCUGGACUCAGAGGAGUUAGUAAAGUGCUUAUUAGUAUCACAUCAUGAGGCCAUGGAAUGAUUGAAGCUUCCAGUAAAACCUGGCUACAUCUUGUUAU